AUGGCCCGCCAACGCUUCUUUGCUACGCGGCUCUGCUAUCUGAACGUUUUUCUAGCUAUUGCUUCGCGGUGCCUGCUGGUGCUUUCAGAGCCGAUACUCCAAAAGUCGACCUCGUCGAUCCUCGCCGGGCCAAACCGCACCGUGCCGGAUUAUGUCAAGCGCUACGCGCCGCUUGUCUGGUUACACUCGGAGGACCCGUUCCGGCCCGCAGACCUUCUCCAACAUAUCCGUCACACUACGCCCACGGCUAAUCAAGAGCCCGUCUCUGACCUGCCAGAUCUCGACCUGAAUAAUCUCGCUCUGCUGAACAACGUGAGUAGUGGGCAGGUUGCCCUGACGUCCAAUGACGACGUCACAGCUUUGCCCGACUGGCUCCUCGGCCAACUCCCCGAUGCGUCGGGGAGGAUCGUCAACGCUACCCCCUGCGUUGUGAUUCUUGUUGAACAGAGCCCCCGAGACGUCGAUGCCUUCUUUUUCUACUUUUACUCGUACGACCGAGGCGCGAAUAUCACACAGGUAUUGGAGCCGCUUAACCGCUUAAUAGAGGACACUGAGCACGGGAUGCAUUUUGGAGAUCAUGUCGGGGACUGGGAGCAUAAUAUGAUCCGUUUCCGCGACGGCAAGCCCAAUGGCAUCUACUACAGUCAACACUCGGGCGGCGCUGCGUAUGACUGGGAUCAUGCAGACCUUUCCAUGAAGGACGGGCGGCCUCUUGUCUUUAGCGCAUACGGCUCGCACGCAAACUACGCAUCAUCCGGUGAUCAAAUUCAUGAUACAGUACUGGUGGAUUACUGCGAUGCCGGCCAACUCUGGGACCCGACCCUCUCGGCGUAUUUCUACCACCUCGAACCUACCAAUUUCACUUUAACGCGCCUAUUUCCUUCUGCGACCGCGCUCCCCGCCACGCCGGAUCUCACCUCUUUCUUCUACUUCACCGGCAUCUGGGGCGAUGCCCAAUAUCCAGAUGACCAUCCUCUCCAAAAGACCGUGCCCUACUUUGGCCUCAAGCGCUUUGUAUCCGGGCCACAGGGCCCGAUUGUUAAGCAGCUCGUGCGCAAGGGACUGUUUCCCGACCAACGCGAGAGGAAGCCGUGGCCACAGUGGGCUGUGGGCAUCUUCAUGUCAUGGACUUGUGGUAUUGGUGGCAUUGGGGGUCAGGCACACGGUGAAAAGUUAUAG